UGGUUGAGUUGCCAUAUCACGUGAUAUGAGGCAGACGACAGGAUUUCCCGCCAUCUUUAAAUCUGUCUUUCUUGGCACACUGCAGACGAAAGCUGGCAACUUUUUAGCUUUUUCGCUGUUUUUCACCCUUUUCUGAUGAACAUUUUAUUCUAACUAGCACAACAUGAGUCUAAAUGUUUUAUUUGAGCAGAUAUUACAUUCGGAACAGCGUGCACAAGAGCGUAGAAACCUUUUGAACGAAGUCAAAACCGAGAUAGCAAAGUGCCAACAGAAAAUCCUUGAGACCAGAGACGAGCAGAACUCUUUGCAAGGGAAGCUUGUGGUCAAGUUACAGCAACUUGCAGAGGAAGAGUUGCAGCUCAAGUGGCUGGAAACCCGAGAAGCCAUCCUGAUCGAACAGAAACAGAAACUUCUGAAGGAGAAAGAGGGACAUGAAAAACAACUGGAAGAAGUCAGGAAAGAAGUGGUCAAGGAGAGAGAAAAGUUCUUGUCUGAGUUGAAGGAAUUUGGAUUGGCCUACGACUUGGGUGGCGAUGGACAUGUAAAAAGGCAAGAGUCGGCCAAGAAAGAACAACAGAAGUUGAAAAUAGAUGAGCAACAACUAGAAAAUGAGCUGUCUUCCUACACUGAGCACAAGAGAGAGCUUGAAGAAGCAGAGAGGGAGAAGAAAAGAGCAGAGGAAGAGGUUGCGUCACUCAGGCAAAAGCACAGUCGCUUGGCUCAAGUGUUGAAGGAACACCAUAAGAGAACAGCAGAUCUUGAACUGAACAAGGAAGAAUUGUCCCAAGCACCAGACAUGGACCCAGAGUUCUUAAGACUCAAGGAUGAACUUCAGGUGUGUAAGGAUGACAGCAUGGAGGCAGUGUGCAGCGCCCUCCGACAGGAGCUGAGGAAACUGCAGCAACUGAAGAUCAAGAAAGAACAGGAGAAAAGAGAGCAGGAGAAGGCAAUGCUAGCAGAAGCUGUUAUAAUAGACAGCACUGGAGACAAUAACACACAAGAUUUGUCCUCAUCCUGGGACAAUGAUGGACAUCCAGACCAUGACUGGGCUAUGGACACUGGCAUGGGGAAGUCUGAAUCCGUCAGAAAGAGGCCGGCAGCAGCAAGAAAUGUACCCACUCGAAGACCACAGAUGGCCACAGGACAGAAGCCAAACCUAGGAAAGCUGACAAGGAGCAUCAAAGAAAUGAAAGCCACCGAGCAGAUCAGGGUAUCGCCAAGGACUCAGCCUCGUAGAUCAACCCCCAGCCAGAGCGCUAGCAUACUCAAAGGACAGAACAGUGAGGAGGCAGAGAGACAGGGACCGGUCACAAGGAAACCAGGAUUGCUCAGGUUGCCAGCAGCAGCAAAAAGAGUCCGCUUUCGCUAAAAGGACUAAGACGGUCUGCCAUCACUAGAACUUACAAUUAGUUCUGAAAUUGCACAGUAUUCCAUGUCAAGAUUCACGCGUUUCUCAUAAGAUUGUUGCAUUUUUGACAAGUGAUUCGUGUCUUUUUCAUAACAUUUGUCAGGAUUUCAUAAAAUUUAUACAAAUGCUUAUGGACACCCCUGAGAACUUGAAAAUCUCCUACAUACAAAAUGUAUAGUACAGCAUUUACAUUAACUUAAAAGAUAAAAAAAGUCUGUGAAUAUAUUGCUGUAUGUAAUUAUUAACAGCACUGCAUGUGUAUAGGAAAUCGUACAAAUGAAACCAGACAAGUAGAUAUCUCUGAAUAUAUUGCAUUUGUUCGCCCAUUAAAAUAAACUCUAUAUCUCAAUUAUUGAGAUAGACAUGUUUCAUCCUUUUCUGAAUAUAUUUGUUACAUGGAUUUUCUUGCAUAAUUUCACAUUCUUUUCUCUAGCUGCUGAAUUAUAUGUAAACCACACCAUUUCCUUGGUUUCAGAAAUUAUAAGUU